GCAAAAUCUUUGCCCCGAAACCUCCGAAACCUCCGAAAUUUCUGAAAAGCAUGGUGAUUGUCGAAAUUCGCAAAAAGUUCAUUAUGACAAUAAUGUCAGUAAAUUGAGCAGUAUUGAUAGUAACCCUUUCGUUAGACAAACAGGAGGAAAC